AUUUUAGUCAUUUCAGCUCUCAGAGCAGUUCAGUCCUCUAGUUGAUUGUGAUUGUCCUAGGUACAUCCCAUUGGGUCACUCACGUCGGUUUCUCUACAAAUAAUUUGAGAAUGACAUUAAACAACAAGACCAGCCAAAAAGGCUCGGCUCAACCAAAUUUAACCUUCACACUCACACGAUGUUGGCAGCAGUUCAAUGGCUGUUGAUUUUGCACUUACUCCUAGUACUUCCUAGGAAUGCAAUCGCCUUUGAGGAUGCGGAAAAAGAAGCUGAGGCACUUAAUUUAGAUGAACUAUUGUCAAAAGGUGAAUAUGUGGUGGACUUGGAUAGGUUAAACUACACAAAAGUAAUUGCAAUUAUCGGUAUGUCCGGGACCGGCAAAAGUACUUUCAAAAAACUCUUCCUGAAGAAUCCAACGCUGCAGAUGGUCAGAGCUGGAACAAGUAGAAAUAAGUUUCUAUUUUCCGACGGAGGAGACAAAAUCAGCUCGGUAAAUGAGACUCAUAAAUCUAAAACCUUGAUACCCAACACAGUAAUGGACCCCAGUUCAGGAGCUCUCCUUAUCGAUUGCCCUGGCUUCAGUGACACGAGAGGAGUGGCUGAAGAAAUUGCAGCCAGUUUCAUGACAAAGAAAAUUCUGGACAAGGCCAAAGAGGUCAAAUUCAUUGUGAUGGAGAACCACCCCGGACUCACCGCAGGUGGUGACAGAUACACCAUAAGGACGAUGCUGCGCCACCUUGCCAAAUUCUUGCCUGACAUCGAUCGCAUCAAAGACUCCAUUGCGUUAAUUGCAAACAAAGCACAGCGAGAUGAGCAUUCGUCAAUUCAGGAAGAUGAAAGAGAUGUUACGCACGAACUACAAAGCUUUAGAAAUGGUUUAACGGAGCCUAUAAAUAAGGGUUCAUUUCUUAGCCUGGAUGAAAUUAACAAAAUGAAAAAGUUGAUCGAUAUUUUCAUACGUGGAGGCCGUGGCAAUAAUAUCGCAAUCAUUUACAAGCCAAACAAAGAGGGCAGUCCCUGGGAUAUUGACUUCAUGAACGAGUGCCACGAAGAUCUGAAAGACUUAGUAGAAAACAAGUUGAAGUUCUCCAACAACAUAGGAUUGGAAUACAACUACAGCAUAAGCGCCGAGAGCAUCGCUCUCAUUAAAGACGACUUGAUUCCUAUCAAAACCGAGCAAAUUAGUACGUCCGCUUCCGAGUGCCUGGAUUCGAUUUUGGAACAGUUGAAACAAAAAAUUCAUUUAGAACGUUCAAUUCUAAAGAAAAUAGAUUUUAUUGAAAAUACGAUGAAAGUUGUUCUCACUCACCAAAACGUUUCCAAUUUAUACUAUGUCGAUUUUUUCUUUGAAGUGACAAACUCUACUAGUUUAACUGUGAAUGAUGGCGCACUGAAAAAAAUUAAAGCGUGGGAAGAAAUUUUGCAAUUUUUUUUCCAAAUGGCUCGGUUUUCCCCAAUUCGCUAUUCAUCCCAACUAAAAAGAGUCAUAAAAUUCAAAUUGAUUCAGCCCUUGACGGAAUACAACAAGUAUUACACAUUCUUAAAAAAUUUGAACACAUCACUGGAUACUGCUGAAGCCCAUCUGAACCGAGAGGACUUCAAAAUGUCUGUAAACCUUGCGAAAGGCAUUGAUUCAACCAGUGAAUUUUCAAAUGUGAUCCUUCAAUUAGGCACUCUGAAAUACGAAGUAUCUGACGCCAAAGCGCUCAUUUCCAUGAAUUCCAUCACUAAGGAAAUGUACGCCGAGUUGAACACUGUACUGAGGGAUCAUCUGAAUUACGUAUUGGAGAGAGAAUAUAACACACGUACUAAGGGGCUGACUGUAAAAGGAAAAGCGAUCAUCUUAAGCGAAGUUAAAGCUAUACUUCAAAUGUAUCCUGAAGCCAAGAGCAUAAAGAUUUUUGCAUGGCACAAAAUAUUUAUAGACGGAAACUUUCAGUUGUCCGACACUAACCUUGCAAUUGUUGCUCCCUUGAUAGAUGUCCUUGUCCCAACUCACAUCACAAGCACUGGAAGUGACGCUGUAGGUGCAGCUGAAGCAGGGAAAAACUCGGGUCAUAUUUUCAUCACCACAUUGGAAAUACAGAAUCCAAGCCGAUGGAGCAUAAGUACCACUGGAGGAAAAGGAGGGAAAGGCACAAAGGGAACAGAUGGUGCCUGCGAGUUUCCUAGUAGCCACCCUAGUUUUUCGAUUAAUUUUGAAGACGCAUUUUAUGACAAGAUCUUUACAAAACUCAGUAAAACGAAAUACAAGUAUGAAAAACUAAUUGAUAAAGAAUGGAGGACGGGUACCUUUUUUAUGUUUAAAUAUCAUCAUAAAUUAAACCUAAAGAUUACUGACCCUUCAUAUACAACAAAACCUGCUACUAAUGGUGGACCAGGAGGCUCCGGUGGGCAUCCAGGGAAGGUUGAAAUCAAAAGCAAAAAACUAGCUUCUCUUGCCAUUGACAGGAAAAAUGGCGCCAACGGCAUUGUAGGCGAUCCCGGUCAAAUAAUAACUUGUUUUCAGCAGAUUCCAUUUGUGUUGAUGGAGUUUGAAGGCACCGAAAAUAGAAAUACGUUCACCAAAGAUCAAGGAAUAAGAUUUAAUAGUAAGGUAGAAUCCAAAAACACGGAAUAUACUAGUAACAAUGUGGCACCGAUCUAUUACAAUCCUUAUGCUGGAGUUAAACCUUCUCAAGGUAAUCAACCGUUGGAAAUUCCUUCCACCCAAAUCAUUGAUGAAUACAUUAAUUUGUCAUCCACUGUUAACUAUAAUAGAGAUUUUGUGAAUUUUAUUAAAAAAUAAUAACCUGAAUCAUGCUUUUCUGGGCGGGGUUACUUUAUUUGCUUUAACAUUUAACAUUAGAAUCUUUAAUAUGUUGCGCGUGUUUAAUCAGAAAUAAAAUAAUUCUCUCAAAGAAAUCUUUUUGUUUCAUUCAUUAUUCUCAAUAUAUAUAUUUUUCUUUGUUCAUUUCACAGAGAGAUUUUAAUGUUUUCAAAUUUCGUUAACCAGCCUUUUUUUCGCGAUUAACAUCUGGCAGCACCCUUAUUGCAGCCCCAAUUAAGACAAAAAUU